AUGGGACGCCCACCUACUAGCGGCUAUUGUCAUACCUGCCGACGAAGACGGGUCAAAUGUGACAAAGCUCGACCCGCAUGUGAGAGAUGUCUCAAGUCCGGCCACAAAUGCCGAGGCUACGAGAUGCCGCUCCGUAUGCAAAAUUUCGCCGCCUCUGGCGAUUCAGGUGGCAGUCAACAAUUAGUUAGAGUGUCAAACACGAGCUCGAGUACCAUAAUUCAGCAGAACAUCGUGCCAGAACUUCCGUUCACAGCUUUCCGCGACCGGAUGGCAUUCUCACACCUUAUGGCCCACUACCGCUGGGCCCCAUUCUGGAAACCUCUCCUACGAAUGUCAUUGGACGAAGAGUCAAGUUCAGAUGUGGCCAAGGCCGACUACACGGGAAGUCUGGCGACGGCGCUUGGCUUCAUGGGAAAUUCUGUCAACGAGCCGAAUAUGUUGGCCGAGGGCUAUGAGUUGAAUGGCAAGGUAAUUAGAGCAUUACACUACGCCGUAUCAGCGAAGUCCAAUCAGGAACUGGCUCGGUGGGCCUUUACAAUCAUCAUCCUUAGUCUUUACCAAUAUGCAGUGGAAAACGUGCCCAACGUUCCUCACUAUUAUGGCAUGUCGAAAAUCAUAGAAUUGUGUGGACCUGAAUGCUUUCAGCAAGAGCCGAUGUUGACUUAUUUGCGCCAAAUUAGGGCGCUUCACGCGUGCAAUUCGUUCAACCAGCAUGAUCACUCAUUCUUUGAACAGACGCGAUGGAAAACUAUUCCUUGGCACUUCAUACCCAAAACCUCCCACGACCUCCUGAUGGAUAUUUUCGUCGACAUUCCCGGCCUAACCUUUUCUAUCGCGUCAAAAAAUCGAUCUUUGUCUGAAGAUGAGAAAGAUGCUGCGCAUGCCAGAAUUGACCGGCUUUCCAGUGAUCUACAUGCCUGGAGAUGGCGCUGGGAAUACAACAACCCAGGUGCUGCCAGGGAAAUUCAUCUGCCUCUCGAAGGAGAAGCAGAAAGUGUUCCACUGCUCUGGGCCAAGGACUUGCUGUCUAAGCCAAUUGAGGUGAAGACUCCAGAACAGGCUGCCGAGUUAAUCAUCUACAACGCUUCCAUCACACAACUUAUGAACCUGGAAGCCUUGUUGGACAUGGGCGUGCGGCACCCACAGCCAUUUCCUGGGAAUAUCGAAGAAUCGAUAAUCAAGCUAGCAGGAGAUCCUCUCUACAAACCAAACGAGGUCAAACAUAGGUGGCAGCCAUCGAUGGAGGGUCUGAGGCUCAUGAGACUGGCACCGAAGCUCUUGUCUGCCAGUAACGGCACCUCAGUUAUGCUAGCUGCAUCACCUCUCGGAAUCAUCUACAAUUCCCUACUUGGAACGGAAGGUCUUGGAACUUUGUUUCUGUCGACGAUGGCGGUUCCGAGGGAUUAUGCAAUUACGGAUCGAGAGCUUUCUGUGUUUCGCUUAUAGUAGUAGAU